CGAUGUGGAGACGCCAUUACGCAUGGUGGCACACGCGCGCGCGUGCUAUAUAUCUCGUAAAUUUUAUGCUCCGACAUCCCGCACGAUCUUGAAUCCUACGAAGCAACGAGCGAACAUGGCCGCCCGACAAAACAUUCCGUGUGGCAUCGUUUAACGACCUAUCUGUUUAUCUCUCUUUCUCCCGCUCGGCGCUACAAUGUCUCACGGUGAGCGCGGAGCAACGUCAUCCUGACCGAAAAGUUCCUCGCCGAGAGUGACGCAACGACCGACAGUUGACGCCAAGGGGACUGGAUAACGCUCUUUUUUCGGGGGAAGGUAUACGUAUCGGAGCUACGAGUGCAAAUCUGAUUAGCCAGGGUCUGCUUAUGAAAAAUAAUAAAUAGAGGUGCCUGGUGAUCGCCGCCGUUUGCCCAUACCUUCUAUCAGUGGUGUCGCGGAUCAAGGAGACCGUUCGAUCCAGUUGCAACGUGCAGGAACAGCAGCAGCUUGUACCGACAUAACGAGGUGAUUCGUCGCUGACUACGGACGGUCGACGUAACAACUCCGCGACGAGUUUCGUGAACGGACGGACGGACGGACCGCAUAAGGUCACACAGAUCGGGACGAGAGAAUUAAUCAUUGCUGAUCAUGACGAUCCUAUCAAAGAAGAAGACAAACGCGUCGAAGGACCGUACGCGAGAGCCAGGCGCAGGCACGGAGGUCGACGUUCACCAUAGCGUGGUCCAGAACGAGCACAAUUCCGGCAGCAUCGCGUUGCCGAACAGCCCUUAUCAGGCAAGCGUAGACCGUCGUGAGGAGAAGCACUUUGAAGAAAGCGGUCCCAGUCAUGGUAAACGUCACCGACAAAGGGUCAGUCCCCACAGCUAUAUUGGUAGAUCCUCACGCGCCAAACGCGAGCGAGAGAGAGAUAGAGGUAGGGAGAGGGAGAGAGAACGGGAGCGUGAGAGACAGGCUACUCCACCCGCUGCAUCUUGUAGUGGUAUGCAAGGAACAGACACCAGUGUCAAUGGGAGAGUGAGCAUCGUUGGAAAUGCAUCUAAUUUGGAACACGAAUUGACAAAUGGUUACAACAGUGGAGAUGAAUACACAGGACGCACUGGAAAUAAUCUUACAUUAGCUGAAUGGCAGGAAAGAGAUCGAUGGUUUGAAAAGCAUAUGCGGAAAAAGGGCUUUAUCGUGAAAAAGAUGGACGAGGAUGGAGCUUGUCUAUUCAGAGCGGUGGCGGAUCAGGUUUAUGGCGAUCAAGAGAUGCACGGCGUUGUACGGAAGCAUUGUAUGGAUUAUAUUGCUUCCAACAAGGAGUUCUUCCGGAAUUUCGUGGCAGCGGAAGACUUUAGUAACUAUGUGAAUAGGAAAAGGCUGGAGUACGUUCAUGGGAAUCAUAUAGAAAUGCAUGCAAUGUCGGAAAUGUACAAUCGUAGCAUCCAAUUGUACUGUUAUAGUACUGAGCCUAUCGAUAUCUUCCAUACCACGGUAAAAAGCGAUAAUGAACCAAUCAGGCUGUCGUAUCAACGUGAUAGUCACUACAACAGCAUAGUCGAUCCGUAUAAGGCUACCGUAGGCGUCGGUCUUGGUUUACCAGCAUACAAUCCUGGUGCCGCUGAUCGAGCUCUGAUAUCAGAUGCGGUUCGUCAAAGCGAGGAAUUACACAUCGAACAGACAAUGCUGGAGGAUAAGAUAAAAGCCACCGACUGGGAAGCAACUAACGAGGCUAUCGAGGAACAAGUGGCAAGAGAAAGUUACUUGCAAUGGCUACGCGACAACGAGAUGCGUAAAGCACGUUCAGCCAGUAGUAGCAGUACGAGCACAGUUACGAGCGCGCAACAUAAUCAUUCGCACUUUCAUUCGCAUGGAGGUCGUGGACAGCAACGUAGCCAUACGUCGUCACCGACGACAACUCAAACUAGCCAAGAUAAUUUACGCAAUUCUCCAAAGGUCAGCGACACAGUACGAUAUAGCAAAAGAUCGCCGCAACACCAGACGGCGACUCAAGGAUCCCACUUGCCGUCAGAGUUUGAAAUAAAAGUGACACCGCAGGAACCUGUACCGGGAAGUAGCAAGGAGGCGCAUGCAUCACCCGAUAUCCCAUUGUUCAAUCGACUUCCUCCUGAAGUGUUCGGUCUGACCGAUUGGGAAGAUAGCGAUAUACUUUCUCAAGUGCUGGCGACGUCGCAACAAGAGUAUUUGGACAACUUGAAGCAAUCACGCGUGUCUGCGUCCGUCGGAAGCGAUAGCCCUAAUACGAUAGAGUCUAAUAACAGUUCUAGUAAUAAUUCUUGAAAUGCGGUCGGCAACGACAAAGUUCAAAAGAUAUCAGAGUAAAGAUAUAUACAUUUAUAUAUUGCAAUAUCAUCUAUCCCCGCGUUGUGCCAGGGCAUAAGGUGGUUUGCUUUCUCAUCCGCGAGUAAAUAUUGCAAUAAUUAUUUCAUUUUUUUCUCCGUCUA